AUGUCGGUCUCUUUCCCAUUCGUCAUUGUGCCGGCUGGCAUGACCGCGCACGAGCUGCAUCGGGAGAGACCCAUGCUAUUCCUUGCAAUGAUUACAGCAGCCUCCUGGAAAGACCAUAUGCGGCAAAUGUCGCUCGAUGUCAUAUUUCGCAGGGAACUUGCUGAGCGUACCAUCAUCACUCCGAAGAGGACGCUCGGCCUUGUACAGAGUGUACUGGUGUACCUAUCCUGCCCAUGGCCUUUCCUCACCGGCCAAGACCCAAAGCUCCAAGUCCGCAGGAUCAGCGCGAACGCGAACGUACAUUUCUUGGAUGCUAUUACCUAUCUUCAACGCAUGUGUUCGCAUCAGUUCAUUAUUGCCGUGCUAACACUACCUAGUAUUGGUGCCGGGCUUCAGAAACCAAACCUGCUCAAGCACGCUCCGUACAUGACUGAAUGGGCACAAAAGCUAAAGACUGUCCGGGAGUAUGAAACAGAUGAGACUAUCAGCCAUCUCAUAACACUCCGUCAAAUCGAUGAUCAGGUUCAGGAAAACCUAUUCUCAGCUGGCACGAGGGAUCUGCCGCUCUCUGAUGCACGCAUACUCAUGCACGUCCGGUUUCUAGAGAGCCAAUUAGAUAUGUGGAAAAAAGACAGUCAGAAUGCUGGGACGGAACGCUCUCUGCGACCCGCUGCCAGCGAGGAGCAAUCAACAGGCACCGAAUCAGUGCAAAUCAAUUCUUUGCUAUCCGCGCUUGAGGCAGGAAAACGUUUCCUUGAUGCUAUGCUCUCGUUCCCAGUGGACGAAUACUACCAGAUCUCCUUCUCGGAGUGGAUGCGGCUACCGACAGUCAUCAUGACAGUUGCAAAGAUAUGCAUGCCUAACAAUGCAAGCAUUGCAUCUGGUUGGGACUACAAGACGGCACAAGACCGGGUACGGCUCGAUCUUUGUCUUGAGGCGCUGUGCUACCGAAUGCAACAGCUCUCAACCUACGACAAGGUCAAGCAGACGCACCCUGAUUUCUGGUAUGCGAUGCGAUUGAUCAACGAUUUGACAAGGAACUGGUACAUGAAGAAAACGAAGCAACCCGCGUCGUCGCAGCCGACGCCCGGCGUCAUGGUGGGUUGCGCAUUCAGCGAAAGAUCAGGACCGAGCACUGGGGCUUUAGCCACGCCUUCCAGCGAACAAGGCUUGCCAAACUUUGGUAUGGAAAUGAGCGGUGCGGGCACGCAUAUAGGUGCAAACAAUGAGGACGAUCCCUUCGCUUUCUUAAAAGACACGGACUUCGAUAUGGAGCAAUUUUUCGAUAUGGGUAUUUGGGGCGAUGACGUUUAUACCGGAAUGGGGUUUGGCAAUACGUUCCUCAAGCUCGUCGCCCUUGGCCAAGAUGAUCCUCCAAAGUCGUCGCUGAGGAUCAAGCUGUAUCGGAAUGAGAUAUGCAGGACCUCGGCAAGAUCUGAGUCUUCUGCCCGAGAUGACACAACUCCAACAGAAUACCCCCGUGGCAUUCGCUUGGUCUUGAUAACUACUGGUCUGAUCCUCAGCAUUUUCGUUGCCGCUCUAGAUGGGACAAUCAUCUCCACCGCCAUACCCAGCAUCACCACAGAGUUCGGCAGUAUUGCAGACAUCACAUGGUACGGCGCUGCCUAUAUCGUUUUCCAGGCCGCAUGGCAGCCAGUCUGGGGCAAAGCACUUCGUUAUUUCCCACUGAAGACAACGUUGAUGUUAGCAAUUUUAGUCUUCGAGAUUGGCAAUGUCAUCUGCGCGACAGCACCGAGUAGCGAGGUGCUCAUCUUCGGCCGAGUCGUGGCCGGCGCGGGCAGUGGCGGUAUCUUCUCUGGCUCAUUCGUCUCGAUCGCUUUAACAGCUGGGCCUGAUCGUCGCGCAGCCUAUAUGGGCUUUGUCGGUUUGACAUUCGGAUCCGCAAGUGUCAUCGGGCCCUUACUGGGAGGGGUGCUUACGGACGGACCGGGCUGGAGGUGGUGUUUCUGGAUCAGUCUUCCUAUUGGUUUCGCUGGAGCCUUGACGACAUUUCUGUCGUUCAAGGACCCCAUUCAACCACGCGUCGCAACUCUUCGAGAGAAGAUCGCCAGCCUAGAUCUGAACGGCGCGUUUCUAAUGACUGGCUGCCUGACAUGCUUUGUCCUCGCCAUGCACUGGAUCGGAGUCAAGGCUUGGACAAGUGCAAGCGUCGUUGGCAGUUUUGUCGGGUUCGGCCUUCUGCUUCUCUGCUUCGUCGCCAACGAAUGGGCCAUGGGCGACAAAGCUAUGGUCCAACUGUACCUCCUGAAGAACCGUCUUGUCCUCUCGAACUUGUUCUUUAUCUUCUUUCUCGCCGGCGCCUUCUUUCCGCUGAUGUACACACUCCCGAUCCAGUUUCAGUCUGUCAGCGAUACUUCAGCCUCGCAAAGUGGCGUCCGCCUUAUGCCCUUGGUCCUGGGCGUCUCGCUGUGCACCAUGAUUUCCAAUGGGCUCAUAACUUGGUGGCGGUACUACAAACCCUGGCUUCUACUUGGCGCGCUCCUUGCAACAGCAGGCAAUUCUCGGAUCUAUACACUUGGCGCCAGCACCCCAAGUGGGCAGUGGAUCGGCUACGAACUCAUUACUGCUUUCGGUGUCGGCCUGGCCCUCCAGAUCCCCUUGAUUUACAACCAGGCUCUUGUCUCUGCAGAUGACAUGCCGGCAGCGACUUCUUUGACACUCUUCCUGGAGAACACCGGCACCGCGAUCUUCGUUGCCGCGGGAGAAGCGGCUUUCACGAAUGGACUUUUAACAAAUCUGCGAGCCAGUCUUUCAGAAGUGGAUGCGAGAGAGGUCUUGGAUGCCGGGGUAACACAGAUCCGCAAGCUGUUCGAUGGCGCCAAGCUAGACAAAAUUCUUGACAGCUAUCUCUAUCGCCGCGGCCAUAUCGCUAUCAAGUGCUGGGCCGGCGGCCGUCCAGGCGAUCAGGAUGAAGAUCAAAAAGUCGCAUCUAGGCUGAGCGUGGAAGGUAGAUGA